UCCAGCACCACAGAGGCAUCAAUCACUGCAACAACUCAUUUUCUCGAGAAGGCAUCUCUUCAAGAAGCUGAAAAUCAUCAUCAAGCACCAUGUCUGUUAAGAACGUCCUCAUCACGGGUGCCACUGGCAAGCAAGGCGGUGCUACGAUCACUGCUCUUCUGACCACCGGAGCUGACUUCAACAUCAUCGCCGUCACUCGCAACACGUCCUCCGUCGCAGCCAAGGCUCUCUCUCAAUGUUCCGAUAAAAUAAAGCUCCUUCAGGGAGAUCUCGAUGAACCCCACGCUUUCGUUGACAGCGCCAAAUCCACCUAUGGGCCUAUCUGGGGCGUCUUCAGCGUCCAGUUGGUGGCCGGCCACAACGCUCCUCCCGGAACUGAAGAGGCUCAGGGAAAAGCUCUUGUUGACGCCUCGCUUGCUGCGGGGGUCAAGCACUUCGUCUACACCUCCGUUGAGCGCGGUGGGUCCGAGGACCCCACCAACAUCCCGCACUUUGCCAGCAAGUGCAACAUCGAAAAGCACCUCAAGGCCCGCGCGGCUGGCAGUGACAUGGCUUGGACCAUUCUCCGACCAGUAGCUUUCCUGGACAACUUUGCCGGCGAAAUGUUUUCCGUCUUCCCUAGCUUUUGGAAAGCUUCUUUGGGCAUGGACAAGCCGCUGCAGGUGAUUGCGACGACGGACAUCGGGCGUGUCGCUGCUCAGGCAUUCCUUCAGCCGGAAAAAUAUACUGGCAAGGUUAUUCCGUUGGCAACCAGCGAGUUGACUCUGGCGGAAGCGGAGGAGGUGUACAAGAAGAAGACGGGUACGGACAUGCCGAUUGCUCCCGAGGAGGUAGCCAGGGGUAUCUUCGCGCAGAGCGACGAAAUGCGGCUUAUGUUUGGGUGGUUUGUGAGCCAUGGAUUCAAUGUUGAUAUCGAGUCUGUGAAGAAGGAGUUCCCGGGCACACUGGACUUUGAGGCAUGGGUAGAGAAGGAGAGUGGCUUCUAGCUAUAAGAGGAGAACGAAUGUAAGGAUAUAAAAACACUUUUCAAGAUAUGGGAAUACAACAUAUCCAAGGGC